UGUUCAUCUCUAAAUUAUGCCAGUGUUAAAAGUGGGCGUGUCAUUCAUCUCAAAAAGAGCUCUAGUGCCCCUAGCGGCAGUGCAGUGUAACAGCAGUGGUUUGGAGGCAAGAGCUGCUCAGUGAGUUGUUGACCUGCUGAGGAGACAGCAGCUGUCCUGAUUGCACACCAACAAGUAACUUUGGGUGCUGUAGAGUCAUGUUUCCUACCUUCUGAGCUGACGAGUUCAUCCGUCCUCUCCUCCUCCUCCAUGGUGCUUCCAGAAAACAGCAGCAGAUGUCCUGCAGCCCACAAGCAGCGAGCCCGCAGCCUGCCUUCGCCGCCUCUGUGCUGUGCGUGCGGCCUGUGCGUCCUGCUGGCCGGGGUCAACGUCACCCUGGUGGGCGCCGUCGCCUUCGCCACCUACGCCCCGGCCGCCAACCCCCCCAUCGUGAUAGGGCCGCUCCUCUUGUUGACGGCCGCCGCUUUCUUCGCGGCGUGCUGCGCGGCCAGCAGGAGGCGACCCCCGGCCACCGGCUCGGCCUGUGGGGUCAAAGCGGGGUUGAUGCGCGCGGCCUUCGAGAUGGAAACCAGCGAGCACACGCUGCAGGACACGACGGGGGUCCAGGUGAGCCCCACCGACUCGUACGACUCCGUCCACGGAACUCUGCCUGCUUUGACCUCAGAUUCUGAAGUGCAACUCCAUCGAGAGCAGUACGCUUGUUUGCUCGGCAUCUGCCUUGAAAAAAAGAAAAAGAGCUUUGGCUGUGACUCAAGUUGCUCCUUUGGACUGCGAAAACUCAACGUGAGGGGCCUGCUGGAGCCGACAGCAACGACAAUGGAGGAGAACCAGGAUGUUCUCUUUUUACUUCUAGGCAAGGAAACACAUUUUAUCCGAGAGGAGAAUGAGGCCUGCUGCAGCAAAGUGGAGAAUGUGGAGUAUGAUUGGUCAUCCUUUACUCCUGUCAGCCUACAGGAUGUUCAGGUGUUAGUGGGCAAGAUGAAACCCACAUCGAGCCCUGUGGACAUUGUUCCUGUUCCUCUGCUCUGA